AACCAGUCCAAUGACCUUCUUCUUUCUUGCUGACCACUCCCCGGGGCCGGCCUCGCUGCUACUCACAAACAGCCAAGGCAGCUCAGAAGGAAGAGAUAGCCCCUCGGGCUGUUCCUGAGGCCUCUGCAGCUGGGUGCUGCUCCCCAGUUUGCAGGAAGAAAAGCCCCCUCAGGAGAGCUGGACAGGUGGUGGACCACAGCCAUGCUGGCCUUGCUGUACUGCUGCUUGCUUCCGAUGACCCAGGGCUCUGACACCUUGGACCUCCUGGAUGCCACGGAGCCCAGCCCGGACCUGGCACAGCCCAGCUCCCAUCUGGCAGAGCAGAUCCGCGACAUGCACGCCAAGGUGCUGGAGAUGUGGCAGGAGAUGACGCGGCAGCGGCGGGAGGCCGACGGCCCCGGCGAGGCGCUGCACGCCGUGUGCCGGGUGCAGCCGUCCAGCACGCUGGCCGCCGAGCAGCCGCGGGUCACCGGCCUGGUGCUCUUCCGGCAGCUCGCAGCGGGCGCCAGGCUCGAGGCCUUCUUCGACCUGGAGGGGUUCCCGGCCAAGCCGAACGUCUCCAGCCACGCCAUCCACGUGCACCAAUUCGGGGACCUGAGCCGGGGCUGCGAGUCCACCGGGCCCCACUACAACCCGCGGGCCGUGCCGCACCCGCAGCACCCCGGCGACUUCGGCAACUUCGCCGUGCGCGACGGCCGCCUCUGGAAGUACCGCAGCGGCCUGGCCGCCUCGCUGGCCGGCCCGCACUCCAUCGUGGGCCGCGCCGUGGUGGUCCACGCCGGCGAGGACGACCUGGGCCGCGGUGGCAACCAGGCCAGCGUGGAGAACGGCAACGCGGGCCGCAGGCUCGCCUGCUGCGUCGUGGGCACCAGCGGCCCUGAGGCCUGGGCGCGCCAGGCGCAGGAGCACGCGGAGCGCAGGAAGCGGAGGCGGGAGAGCGAGUGCAAGGCCGCCUGAGCGCGGGCCCCCAUGCGCGCUGCCCAGGCCCCCGGCGCCCCACACUCCUCCGUGCACCCCAGACACCUCCAAGGGCACAAGACCCUUGGGCCCCAGACACCUCUACGCACCCCAGACUCUUGAGCCCCAGACGCUUACAUGGACUCCAGAGCCCUGUGCCCCAGACCCCCCUAUAGACGCCAAAGCCUUGUGCCUAAGACGCCUGCAUGCACUCCACAGACUCCUGUGCCCCAGACACUUCCAAGGACACCAGAUCGUGGGGCCACAGACACCUCCAUGCACCCCAGACACCUGUGCCCCAGAUGCCUCUGUGGACGCCAGAGCCUUGUGUUCCAGAUACCUUCAUGGAUACCAGAACAUUGUGUCCCAGACAACUUCACCCCAGACUCUUGUGCCUGUGCCCCAGACCCCUGUAUGGACUCCAGACUCCUGUGUCUCAGACAUCUCCAUGAGCCCUAAAAGCCCUGUGCCCCGGAAACGAGGCUCUUGGGCCCCAGACACAUUUAUGGACGCCAAACCCUUUGGCCCCAGUCAUCUCCAUGAACCCUUUGGUGUCCCAGGCACUUCUAUACAUCCCAGACACUUCCCUCCAGGCUCGAAGCUUCUUGUACCUUAAGAGCCCCACUGUGUCCCAAGAAAAUACCGCUUACCCUCAGACAAUGCCUCUCCUUUGACCCACUGCUCCGAGAUACCCUCUGUACAUUUCCCACUUUGCUCUCCACCCCCCCACCCCCAUGCUAAGACAUUCCCCUUUCAUCUCGAGGGUCCCUCGGGAUCUUUGAGCCCCUCACCCAUUAGCUCAGGCCGCCCCCCAGAUGUAUUGAAAUGCCCCCUCACUCUGACUCCCUGCUGGGCUCCACCCAUGUGCUCUGAGACAGAGCUCUGCCUUGGGGACCUUUUCCUUCUUCCCUUUUCGCCCCCCAGGUGCUCUGAGACCCCUCCUAAGGCUGCUUGGGGUUUCCCAUCCCUAUUCACCAAGUGCUCCUGCUGAGCAGUGGGGAGUUGGGGGCUCCCUGACGCUGUCUUCAGCCUUUCCCCAAACACUACCUGUACCCCAGAGAGCAGCAAUCUUUGUGUUGCACAUUAAAAACACAGCACUUUUGUCCUGCA